AUGUCAGAGGCCAAGUUACAAUCGGGCUGGGAUCCUAUCACGGUCUAUGAACCCAUCCCUGACCGCUGCAUUCCAGAAGAGUUGCCAGCAUUGAAGAAAGUCCUGCCUUCAAUAUCAAUAUUAAGCCCAAACGCAGAUGAGGCUCUCUCUCUUCUGUCAUCUCCCUUGCCGGCGUCCAAAGACAUAAUCGAGAAAGCAGCGGAUGACUUUUUGGACAUCGGUAUCGGAAAGGAUGGCUCUGGCUGGAUUGUGAUCAGGAGCGGGGCAAUGGGGGCAUACGUAAAAUGUAAAAAAAACAAAGGAGUUUGGGUUGACGCCUUUUGGGAAGCUACAGACGUAGAAAAAGUCAUCGACGUUACCGGCGCAGGUAAUAGUUUCCUUGGAGGGUUCGCAGCCGGCCUGGUGCUAUCUGAAGACGUUUAUCAAGCCACAUUGUACGGGACCGUGUCGGCAUCCUUUACAAUCGAGCAAGAAGGUCUACCCUCGAUAUCGUAUCUGCCAUCAGGGAUUGCCAUUUGGAACGGAGACGACCCCAUGAGAAGGCUUGAAGUGUUGAAGCAGCGUUAA